AACCUCUACGUCCUCAACUUGCCUCUCGAUGCCACGACGGACCAACUCGCCUCACUCUUCAGCAGCCACGGCACUGUCGUCCACUGCGUCAUCCUCGCCAUGCUCGAUGCUCAAGCACGCCGACGAGGCUUUAUCGACAUGUCGAGCCCGGUCGAGGCAAAGGAAGCAAUCGAGUGCCUCAACGGCUAUGUCUGGAACGGUUAUCCAAUUGAAGUC